GACGAAGUGAUACGGCCACAAUUGCCGAAUAUCAAGGAAAACCUCGCCUCGUGUAUGGCUAAGAUUAGUGAGAACAACGGCGAGGAGUUCAAGUUCCCGUUGUCGUCGCAUAACUCGGAGACGCUCAAGGGCGUGAUCAGCCGCUCUAAUUUUCGGGUCACGGGCCUGAGCGUGUCCAUCCGGUCCAAAAGCAUUGGCCGCACGCUGCAUCUGCGGCUCAAGGACAACUCGACGCUGAUACUCCGCCAGUUACUGGAUUGUCACGAUUUAAUAUACAACGCUAUCAACACCAUUAGCAAGAUACAGUCGCUGCCAGAAACACAGCCUGCUGUGCUGCUGAAAGUUCUGUCGACGCUACACAGCCAGGUCCAACUCGCCAAAAAGUCUCUGCUGUUCCCCACAGAGGCUUACAUGUUCCCCAGGUACAGGUUACCGCACCAGCUGUUUGAGCCGGAACUCCCCGAGAACGUGGCGCUGGACCUGGUGAUCAGCAACAGCGACCUCUCGAUCGACCUCAAGGUGAUCAAGCCGAUCACGCACCGGCCGUGGGACCUGAUAAUCGACGUGCCGAACCGGAUCUCGUUUGCAGACCAUGUGCGCGCCAAAAUCUCACAGGACAGGACACGGUCCAUCUCCACAAUCCUGUGUGAGGAGUAUCGCAAGCUGCUGGAUUCCCGACGCAAGAACAGUGCCGACAACACUGGCUUUUUGAAAUCGGUGUUCGCGGGCAGCGCAGAGCCGUCGUGCUCCACGGUGCUCAAAAUGUCAACCAAAUACCUCGAGGAAAGCAUCACGUACGUGGACAACAGCGAUAAUCCAGUUGUCGUGACAAUCCAGGAGACGUGCGACGUGGUGACGAGCGACCCAAUGCUUCUGUCGAUCACCAUUAAGCUGGACAGCCUGGAGAAAAGCGUGGGCAAGUUGCUGGAGAACCUCAAGUUGAUCUCGACGCCAGCUUGAGCUUUUUAGCGCGCAGAGUGUUGAGACGGGCAAUGUCGUCGCGAGAGCCAGAGACUUUCUGCACCUUGAUGGUUGCUCCAUGCUGUGAUCUGACGCGUUCCAGCUUUUUUUCCAGCGGCGCCAUUUGUUUGUGGAGUCGGUCCUGUUUGCGCGCCAACUCGGCCAUAAUCUCAUGCAGAAGCUCAUGGUCCUUGUUCAGACGGGGCUCGACAAAUUCAGAGACGGCCUUGGUGCGUUUCUGGACGGUCGACUCGGGGAUCACAUCAAACACAGCCUUUGUGCGCAGUACUGUCUUGAACCGAUCAACGUCGUGAGUGACCUGGCGCAGCGGGGCGAUUGCGCAAUUGAGAAAGUUGAUGGAGUUUUGCAGAGACGUGAUGGAGGACUGCAAGUUGCUGGCCACAGACAUGAGGAGCGGUGCGUGUAUCUAUUUAUUGGUGUGUUUUUUUUUUGCCCGUCGUUUCUCAAAAGAUCUGGGUUUUGUGACGCGACGAUCGACGCGCAUGUGCCUCGACUAAAUUGCGUCUCAAGGGCUCUUUCCGCUCUACUUCUUCCUUGCUGUUUCAGAUACAAUGCAAUGCAGCAGCACACGCAACUCUGCGCUGAGCUCGGAUUAAAGAAGUUUCUUUUUACCCCAGGAUUUUGCGGGCCGGGAACACAAAACUCUCCAUUUUCAUUGGGGCGCAGUUGCUGUACAGACUCGUAUUUGCGAGUGCCGAGGCCGCACAGCCGGGUCCCCGCCCUGCGGGCUCAGUAAUGAUUGGGCUGCGAUUUGCCUGUUGCGCAUAAUUUGACAGCUCGCGAACAGUUUAUAUUUUCGGUAUGGGAAAGGCUUCGUUGCGCAUGCUCAUGCAUGAAAUAGUUUGUUUUCCAGAGUUCCGUGCGUCUGGGCAAUCAGUAUGUUUUCACUGAGUAAGCCCAAAUAGUUGCUCCCUGCUCCUCACUUGCGUGAAAACUUCGGUUCCGCCAUCAAUCUAACCCGUAUGGACCAGAUUUAAUGCACGAUUAUCAAAUCAACUCUAUUUAACGGUUUCUUUU